AUGGCAUCCCCGACUGCGCCCUCGUUCUCCGUGCCGAAGGAGCUCCCGUCGGUGCUGAAGGCCUUUACGCGGGAAGUCCUCCGCGCCAACCCGCCCGACAUCUACGGCUUUGGCGCCGAGUACUUUCGUGAGGUCGUCGCAGCCUCCAAGUCGGCCCGGGCGAACAGCGACACGAUAUCGGCGCAGCUAGACAGACCGCAUGAGGAGCUGUUCGAAACGGCUGACGUGGACAAAUCUGGAUCGAUCAAUGUCAAGGAGCUCAGCACCCUGAUGACGGUUGCGGGAAUCGGGGGGACGGCCUCCGAGGCUUUGUAUGGCGCAAACAUCCUGAACCCUAUCGAUGACGAGUUUGACGGUGUCCCGACGAUGGACUGCACAGAGUUCUGCCUUUUCAUGAAGGAGAAGCUCGGCGAGGACGCGGGAAAGGUGGCGAAGCAGAUGAAGGAUAUGUUGGCUUUGCGUGCGCUGUUCGAGACGGGGAUACGGUCGCAAGAUGCCUUCAGGGCAAGCGACGCGGACGGCGAUGGCUCCCUAGACGUGGCUGAGCUCUCGAAGCUCAUGGCGGCGGCAGGGAUCGGAGGAUCGGCGUCCGACGCCCUCUACGACGCCAACAUCAACGACGUGUUUAGCCAUGACUUCACCGACGUCGCGAAGAUGGAUUACACCGAAUUCUUGCUCUUCAUGAAAGACAAGCUCGGCGACACUGCGGGAUACGCGGCGGCCCAGAUGAAGGAGAUGACCGCACUGAAGAGUUUGGAAACCACCGAGGGGUACGAUUCCACAUAA